GAGACAGUGACCUUUGAGGAUGUGGCUGUGAACUUCACUGUGGAGGAGUGGACUUUGCUUGAUCCACCUCAAAAGAGGCUCUACAGAGAUGUGAUGAAGGAAACUUUUAGGAACAUGGCUGCUAUAGGAAGAGUCUUGGGUAGCCAGGAAGUUGAAGAAGAGUACAAAAAUUAUCAGAGAAAUCUAAGAAAUGAAGAGGUUAAGAAAUGCUAUCAAAAUAAAUGCUGGAAUCAAUAUGAAGAAAUAUUUCUUUGGACUCCAGAUGCCUAUAUGGAUAUGAAACAGGCUGGUUUAAAGCCAGAUGAAGGCCUUGCUUGUGGAAAUCCCUUAACUGGACCUUUGUUCCAAAAUGUGCCCAUCAUAGCUCACACUGAAUUGAGGAUAUCUGAGUAUUUGGGAUCAGAAGAGGAGCUGUAUAAAUGUAAUGAACAUGUAAGGCCUUGUGGUGAUUUACAGUCCUUUCAGAUGGAUGUAAGAACAAAGACUAGAGAAGAUCUCCAUGAAUAUGAUCAAUGUGGGAAAUCCUGCACUCACCUUACAGAGAUCUUUGUCUGUAACGAAAACUUGAAAGCCUCCAACACACCCAGUGAUGGUCACAUCCAUGAAAGAAGUCUCACUGGGGAGAAACGCUUUGUAUGUAAGCAAUGUGGGAAAGCUUUUAGUACACAAAAUUAUUGUAAUAUACAUGAAAAAACUCACAAUAGUGAAAAGCCCUAUGUAUAUGAAAAAACUCACAAUAGUGAAAAGCCCUAUGUAUGUAAGCAAUGUGGGAAAGCUUUUAGUACACAAGGUUCUUGUCAAAGACAUGAAAAAACUCACAGUGGGGAGAAACCCUAUCUAUGUAAGCAAUGUGGGAAGGCUUUCAGAAGGCAUAGUGAUUGUAAAAUACAUGAAAGAAUUCACACUGGAGAGAAACCCUAUGUUUGUAAACAAUGUGGAAAAGCUUUCAGCAGGCACAGUCACUGUAAAAAACAUGAAAGAAAUCACACUCACAGUGGAGAGAAACCCUAUGAAUGUAAGCAGUGUGGGAAAGCUUUUAGUACACAAAGGUAUUGCAAUAUACAUGAAAAAACCCAUGCUGGGGAGAAGCCCUAUGUAUGUAAGCAAUGUGGGAAAGCUUUCAGUAGUCGCAGUCAAUGUCAUAUACAUGAGAGAGUUCACAGUGGGGAAAAACCAUAUGUGUGUAAGCAGUGUGGGAAAGCUUUUACUACACAAAGGUAUUGCAAUAUACAUGAAAGAGCUCAUAGUGGGGAGAAACCCUAUGAAUGUAAGCAGUGUGGGAAAGCUUUUAGUACACUAGGUUCUUGUCAAAGGCAUGAAAGAAUUCAUGGUGGGGAGAAACCCUAUCUAUGUAAGCAGUGUGGGAAAGCUUUCAGCAGGCACAGUUCUUGUCAAAGACAUGAAAGAAUUCACACUGGGGAAAAGCCUUAUGUAUGUAAGCAAUGUGGGAAAGCUUUUAGUACACAAGGUUCUUGUCAUGUACAUAAACAAACUCACACUAGGGAGAAACCCUAUAUAUGUAAACAGUGUGGGAAAGCUUUCAGCAUGUAUAGUACUUGUCAAAUGCAUGAAAGAACUCAUACUGGGGAGAAACCCUAUGCAUGUAAGCAGUGUGGAAAAGCGUUCAGCAGUCACAGUAAGUGUAAUAUACAUGAAAGAACUCAUAGUGGAGAGAAACCCUAUAUAUGUAAGCUAUGUGGGAAAGCUUUUACUACACAAAACACUUGUCAAAUACAUGAAAGAACUCAUUCUAGAGAGAAACCCUAUGUAUGUCAGCAGUGUGGAAAAGCUUUCAGCAGUUACAGUCAAUGUAGUAUACAUCAAAGAACUCACAGUGGAGCAAAACCUUACGUAUGUAAGCAGUGUGGGAAAGCUUUUACUACAAAAAGUACUUGUCAAAUGCAUGAAAGAAGUCACAGUGGGGAGAAACCCUAUGUAUGUAAGCAGUGUGGAAAAGCUUUCAGCAGUCAUAGUAAAUGUAAUAUCCAUGAGAGAACUCAUAGUGGAGAGAAACCCUAUGUAUGUAAGCAAUGUGGGAAAGCUUUUACUACACAAGGAUAUUGCAACAUACAUCAAAGAACUCACACUGGGGAGAAUCUCUUAUAAGCCAUAUAGAAAAGCAUUUAGUACACAAUGUUAUUGUAAAGUACAUGAAAAACCUCAAGCUAAGCAAUGUAGAAAAGGUUUUAGCAAAUACUGUAAAAGAUGUGAAAGAACUGACUCUUGGUCUUAGUUCUCUCUAUAAAUCUGUGUGGGCAAGUUUUAGCAUGCCUAGAGCUUGUCAAAGGCAAAUAACUCAAUGGGGAGAAAACAUAUAGUAAUUACACCAGUCUGUUGUCAAAUGAAGUCUCACUGGAGAGAACCAUUUCAUAUAUUCAAGCCUAUUCUAAAGUGAUGUCACCAGUGUGAAGCAAGCCAGCCUGGCUGCUCCUAGUUCCUGGGGUGAGGGCUCUUGCCCUCAAGGAUCCAGGGGUGCACCGCAGGCCUGCUCCAUUCCUCAAUCAGUUCAGCUAUCAGGCUCUGGAUGGAGAUUUCUGUUGCAAAAAAUAUAAAAGCAAUCUUUAAGCCAUUGUGAAAGUCCUGUGAAUAUUUCUCAUGUAGUGGAAGACUAUAGGGAUAAUUAGUAUAAAAAGUUUAAUGUUAAUGUUUUGUAGAAAAUAUCCCAGAUAGAAAAUCCUAAAAUACGUAUUAUGUGUUUUUCAGUAAAUCAGUUAAAUAUGUAUGAUGUACAAAUAAAAAGUGAAUUAAUUUUUUUU